AUGGCCCCGGGACGGCCCGUUUGUCUUCUUUUCGGGCCCCAGAGUUCCGAGAUCGACGAAAGUUUGUCUUAUAUCCGCCGCAACAUUGAAGAGCAUCCAUCGUUAGCCUUUCUUCAGAAUCUGUUGCGAGAGCUCCCCGAUUUAUGGUCCCCCAUCACGAAGGCUUGGCCUGCUCUUUCCCAGCUUUAUGGCGACAUACAGCUUUCGAUUCUCGCCGAUUGUGGUCAGGGGUCGACAGCACCCCCCGAGUACGCGACAAACGUGCUGUUAACUCCUCUCACGGUUGUUCGACAAAUAAUCGACUUUUGGAAGUUCAAAGAAAAUUCAGGUAACCAGUACACGGUUGUGGAUACUCAGGGGUUUUGUGUCGGGUUCUUAGCGGCAGUCGCGGUCGCUUGCUCGGCGGAUAGUCCGAGUGACUUUGAGGACAUCAGUUCUGCCAUGAUUCGUCUGUCUGUCUGCAUCGGUGCAGCAGUCGACUUGGAUGCUGCUUUGCAUGGACAGACAAGUUCCGUAGCAGUGAGAUGGAAGUCCCCCUCUGAGUACGAACAACUCAACCGGGUGUUGGCGAACUCAUCAGUGAAGGCUAACAUUAGCCUAAAGGGCUACAUCUCAUGUUUCACAGAUUCAAACUCCGCCACGGUUACCCUCGCAGAGAAUGAAGUUAAUGACGUGGUCGGAGAGCUAGGAAAGCAUGGCUUGUCAGUGAAGAUGAUCGCCUUGAGGGGCCGGUUCCACCAUCCCAGCCAUUCGAUGGCUGUUCGAAGGUUUUCCGAUCUCUGUGAAGCAGAUAGCAGGUUUCGGGUGAAGGAGGGGCGUUCCUGCGUUUUGCCCCUGAGAUCGAACAUCGACGGCAACUUGAUUGUGAAAGGCUCCUCUAUUCACGUCAUUGCUCUGGAAUCCAUACUCGCCAAGCCCUCUCAGUGGAACAGCACUGUUUCAUCCACAGUAGGGAAGCCAAAAGGGCUGACAGAUGAAGACUUGGUGUUCGCGGCUAUUGGGACUGGCCAGUUUGUUCCACGGCUAGUCAGGAACCGCAUGUUGGAUCACGUGAACAAUCGGUGGUCUGACUCAAGCGAACACGAAAGUCUCCCAAACGGCAUCAACACAACAUCUGGUCGUACCGAGUCUGAGCCUCUCAGCAAUCAUGAUACAAACCAUGUGUCCACCACAGUACCUCCAAUUGCUAUCACCGGGAUGGGAUGCCGAUAUGCUCAGGCAAACUCCCCCGAGCAACUGUGGGAGAUGCUGGAACUCGGGCGCUGCGGCGUGAGCGAACUUCCAAAUGACCGCUUCAAGAUGGACAAGCUGCACCGCGAACCCAAAGGACCAUUUUGGGGUAAUUAUCUGGCUAAUCCAGAUGUCUUCGAUCAUCGGUUCUUUGCAAUCUCAGCCCGGGAGGCAGAAGCUAUGGACCCUCAGCAGCGAUUACUACUCGAAGUAGCUUAUGAGGCCAUGGAAUCGGCUGGAUACUGUGGGCUUCGAAGUUCGAAGGUCCCAAAGGAUAUUGGUUGUUACGUCGGAGUAGGUUCAGAUGACUACACUGACAAUGUUGGAUCCAGUAACGCCAAUGCCUUUUCUGCCACGGGAACACUCCAGGCCUUCUGCACCGGCCGCAUCAGUCAUUAUUUUGGCUGGACUGGACCAUCACUGGUUGUUGAUACCGCCUGCUCCUCAGCUGCGGUGGCAAUCCAUCUUGCAUGCAAGGCUCUUCAAACGAACGAAUGCUCCAUUGCUGUAGCGGGUGGUGUGAAUGUGAUGACAAGCCCUAGGGUGACACAAAAUCUCGCUGCGGCCUCGUUUCUGUCUCCAACCGGCGCCUCCAGAGCAUUCGAUGCAAGUGCCAAUGGAUAUUGUCGCGGAGAGGGGGCUGGACUUGUUGUUUUACGGCCAUUGAAAGACGCAAUCCGUAACGGCGAUCCGAUUCUUGCCGUCAUCGGCGGCUCGGCGGUCAAUCAAGGAUCUAACUGCUCUCCAAUCACCGUUCCAGACUCUGAUUCUCAGAGAUCACUCUACCGCAAAGCUCUCGCGGCAUCAGGCAUUCCUCCUGAGGAAGUUACUUAUGUCGAAGCACAUGGCACAGGAACUCAAGUGGGUGAUCCAAUCGAGUUCGACAGCAUUCGCAAAACCUUUCAAGGAAGUUCUCGGAAGGAUGUGUUAUAUGUCGGAUCUGUGAAAGAUAACAUCGGUCACACGGAGACAGCCUCAGGGGUAGCUGGACUACUCAAGACUGUUCUGAUGAUGCAGAAAAAACGGAUACCCAAACAGGCCAACUUCGUUCGACUCAACCCCAAGAUUCCUGCUUUGGACAAGACUAUUGAUAUCCCUACCCGAACCAUUCCCUGGUCCUCAGCCGCCGAUUCAUCGUCCAAUGCCGCGGCAAUGGUCACCAAUUACGGUGCUGCCGGAAGCAACGCCGCUCUUGUUGUUAAGCAGUACACCCUGUCCUCUGGACAUCCAGAAGCAGCCUCCACGAUUCCUCGCGAAGUCCCUAUCAUAAUCGCCGCAACCUCGCCUGAGUCACUGCAAUCCUACUGCAAGGUGCUGCAUUCACAUAUAAGGAAUUCAUCACCCGGCACUUGUCAGGACCUCGCCUAUAACUUGGCCAUCAAACAGAACAGAGACCUGAGCCAUGUGUUAACAUUUAGUAUACCGUCGGAUCAGCCCGAUGAACUCCUUGCCAAGCUCGAAUCGUCGCAAUCCCAGAUUCAGGCAAAGAAGCAACCAAACCAUCGUUUGCCCGUCGUCCUAUGCUUUGGAGGGCAGAAUGGCAAGGUGGCAACGCUUUCGAAAGACCUGUUCGAUCGGUCGGACUUACUCCAAUACCAUCUCAUGCAAUGUGAGGAGGUUUGUCUGUCCUUGGGACUACCCAGCCUGUUUCCGACUAUUUUCCAAGCGGGGCCGAUUGAAGACAUUGUCAGGCUCCACUGUAUCCUGUUUGCCAUCCAGUACGCAUCAGCAAAGUCAUGGCUAGACUCUGGUCUUCAAGUCGACAAGAUAAUAGGUCACAGCUUUGGACAACUUACAGGUCUGUGUGUCAGUGGCGGGUUAAACCUUCCAGACGCCGUGCGUCUAGUCUCAGAGCGAGCCAAGAUGAUACGCAACCUCUGGGGAUCUGAGCGUGGUGUCAUGCUAUCCGUCGAGGGCACAGAGACAGAGGUGCAAAGCCUUUUGAGCCAUGCGGCACGUCGCAGUGCGAACGUCGCAGUAGAUGUGGCAUGCAUCAACGGUCCCCGCAAUAUUAUUCUGGCAGGUGAUGAGCGGUCGAUUGAGACGAUUCAAGAUGUGUCCGUAAGCACCCAUCCAGUGCUACGCACAACGCGUCUGAAGAACACACACGCCUUCCAUUCGCGUCUGGUGGAUAGUAUUGUUCCUGCGUUGAAAGGAGUGGCUGAGCAGCUCAAUUACAGCCCACCAUGCAUUCCCCUCGAAGCUUGUUCUCGAGACGGAGACUGGUCCUUCGUCACUGCAGCGAAGAUUGUGGAGCAUAGCCGGGGAUGCGUUGAUUUCCAAACAGCCGUUAUGCGUGUCGCCCAGAAGGUUGGUGGCCCUGCCGUCUGGCUGGAAGCUGGGUCUGCGUCUCCCAUCAUUCCCUUGGUACGGCGGGUCAUAGACGCGACCUUGCCUUCUUCGAAAGAGCAUAUGUAUCAAGCACUUGAUUUGGGAGGUCCGCAGGCGGAGAAAAAUCUCUCUCAGGCCACCUGCAACCUGUGGGAUAGAGGCGUAAAGGCCCAGUUUUGGCCUUUCCAUGACUCACAGGCCAGAAUCUACAAUUGGAUCAACCUUCCACCAUAUCAGUUUGCUGAAACACGGCAUUGGAUUGACUAUAACCCGCAAUUUGCUCCAUUGCUCCAAAAUACAACAGACCUCGCAACCUCCACAGGAAGGAAAGAUUUCGUGCAGCUCCUGACAAAACAGUCGACUGAGUGUGUUUUUGAAAUAAACACAGAUGAUCCUCUGUACCAGGAGUGUACCAAAGGACAUGCAGUACUUGACCAAAACCUCUGCCCUGCGUCCCUUUACUUUGAGAUGAUCGUGCGAGCGGCCACCAUACUCCGGCCGGAGAGCGAUUCAUUGCCCGCCAUGCCUCAUCUUCAAAAUCUGACAAUAUCAGCCCCCCUCGUGCUAAACCCCAGCGGAAAGCUGUUAUUGAGUCUUACCCGCCCCCGGGUGGGUGAUUCCCCCUGGUCAUUUACUCUCUUCACUAAAGAGUCAAACAAUGACUCAGUGACCACUCAUGCCACUGGAGAUAUCAGUUUGCAUCCGUUCGGCCACGAAACACCUCUUUUCGCCCGUCUCAAUUCCAUGAACAGGCUAAUCGACGCAUCCCGCGUAGAUUCCAUUGCUGAUUCGCGUGAUUCGAGCGGCUUGAAAGGAUCCGCCGUUUAUCAAGCGUUCCGCAGAGUCGUCAACUACGCCGAGUACUACCGUGGAGUCGAACGGGUGUUCGCCACCGAGCAUGAAGCCGCUGGUAUUGUGACGCUCUCCACGUCGCGCACCAUGGACAGCGCAUGUGACCCCAUGCUUGUCGACAACUUCAUCCAAGUCGCUGGGAUUCACGUUAACUGUCUAUCCGAGACAAAGGAAGACGAGGUUUUUGUCUGCACCGGUGUCGGUGAGAUUUUGAUCGGAGAGGCUUUCAUGACGCGCGAUCGUGGUUCCAGGUCGGUACGCUCUUGGGGUGUGUACUCUAAUCUGGACCGAUCUGCGAAAAACAAGAUCAUCUGCGACACCUUUGUAUUGGACCGGGAGACGGGUACUCUUGCUGUCACCAUUCUUUCUGCCGCGUUUACUAGUGUUUCCAUUGCUGGGCUCGCACGCGUACUGCAGAAACUGAACAACCGACCCUCUGAGUUGGAGCCUCCUGCUGUACGCACUACGCCCCAAAGGAUUGAUGAUGUCUCACGCACUCCUUCGACUCAGGAGACACUACCUGUCUCUAACCCCCCUCAUCUCUCUGACUCGGGACGUGGAGCAUUUGCGCUUGUCCAAGAGAUGCUCUGUGACCUAUUGGGAAUUGCUCCUGAGGAGUUACAACCUUCCUCGAAUCUGGAGGAAGUUGGUGUUGAUUCGUUGAUGCGGACCGAGGUGUUGGCUGAAAUCAAGAAGAGAUUUGAUGUCAAUAUUACCACAUCCUCCCUGAUCGAAAUGCCCGAUGUACAAACUCUCGUUCAAUCGAUCUUCCCUGGCGUGGUGACGGCGUCUUCGGCCCUCGGAGUUUCUUCGGAAUUACAGAUUACCACCACAGAGCCAGCUCCUUAUGAGAGCAAUGGUCAUGUCAUAUCAACUCCGGGUAGCGAUGGACCUCAUCAGGGCCUCAUUGACAUCGCACCUGGCCUUUUCACCGAUAUUCAGAAGAGUAUGGCUCAUAGCCAGGCUACUCAAUGGGAUGGCUUUUGCAAGUCUGUGUAUCCGAAGCAGAUGGAAUUGGUUACGGCCUAUGUUGUAGAGGCGUUCAAUUCCCUCGGCGUCGCCUUGGACAGCCUUGCACCCGAGCAAGCUAUCCCACAGGUAUCUGUUCUACCGCAGCAUACACAGGUCCGAAGCCAACUGUAUGCCAUUCUGGAGUUUUCCAAUGUCAUCCGGGCCACAGAUCAUGGCUUCGUGCGCACACAAAUUCCCGUCCCUACAGUUCCAUCCAGUCUACUGCACCAGGAGAUUCUCCGCCUUUAUCCCCAGCACAAUUCCGAGCAUAAUCUUCUCAAGACAACGGGCUCACGGCUUGCAGACUGCUUGAGUGGAGAAGCUGACCCACUUUCGCUUCUUUUUCAAGAUGCAGAGGCCCGACGACUCAUGGAGGACGUCUACACAAACGCGCCAAUGUUCAAGGCAGCCACUAACCAUCUUGCACAAUAUCUUGUUGGUCUUCUUGGUCGCUUGGACACCACAAGGCAAAUCAAGAUCCUCGAAAUUGGCGGCGGGACUGGAGGCACCACCAAAGCUUUAUUGAGCCAGCUAACCGCGAUCCCUGGACUUUCCUUCCAGUACACGUUCACAGACCUGUCUUCGGGGCUUCUCACUCUAGCUCGAAAGAAGUUCAAGCACUACGAUUUUAUGAAGUACCAAGUCCUCAAUGUUGAGCAGACUCCUCCGCCAGAUAUGCUCGGUCAGUACGACAUUAUCAUAUCCAGUAACUGCGUCCACGCCACCCGCAACCUCGUUCAGUCGUGCUCGAACAUCAAGAAUCUCCUGAGGCCAGAUGGGCUUCUUUGCCUGAUUGAACUGACCCGCAAUCUUUUCUGGUUCGAUCUCGUCUUCGGUCUGCUUGAGGGCUGGUGGCUUUUCGAAGAUGAUCGACAACAUGCUCUUGCGAGUGAGCAUGUAUGGAAAGGCACCCUUUUCCAGUCAGGCUUUCAGUGGGUCGACUGGACAUACAACGAUUCUGAAGAAUCAAAUAUCCUCCGGGUAAUCACCGCCUCACCGACGUCUGCCGUCAUUCUACCUCCCACUCCUGCGGACCCUCUGGCCCUGAUCGACGAGGAGACGGUCGUUUAUGGCAUGGAAGGUGGGGUGGAGCUUUCCGCGGAUAUUUACUACCCCGAUGAUCUUCAACCUAUUGGAAAGCAUCGUCCAAUUGCUCUCCUAAUCCACGGCGGAGGCCACAUCAUGUUAUCACGUCGGGACAUUCGCAGAAAGCAAGUUAAAAUGCUUCUCGAUGCGGGAUUCCUCCCAGUGAGUGUUGACUACCGGCUUUGCCCCGAAGUCUCUCUCGCUGAAGGCCCCAUGAACGAUGUUUCUGUCGCACUGCGAUGGGCUCGAGAUGACUUGCCCAAGUCCAAGCUUGGUCGCCCUGACAUCCAAGUCGAUGGCAGUCAGGUGGUGGCUGUUGGCUGGUCUACUGGCGCCCAUCUGGCCAUGACAUUGGCGUGGACUGCUCCGCAAAAGGGAGUCGCUCCACCGGAGGCCAUUCUUGCGUUCUACGGGCCUACAGACUACGAAGACUCCUUCUGGUCCACGCCCAACUUCCCCUAUGGAAAGGAUGUCACUUUGCCCGAGAUGUGUUACGAUCUGUGGGAAGGCAUGCACGCCACCCCAAUUACUGGGUACAAUCCGCCGGCCGACCACAAAGCACUUGGAGGCUGGAUGUCUCUGGCAGAUCCUCGCAGCCGCAUUGCAUUGCAUAUGAACUGGACAGGGCAAACUCUACCAAUGUUGUUGCGCGGAGGCCAGUUUUGGUCGGAGCGGAAUUACACCAACAUGGGAGACAAGUUGCCCAUCCCUUCGUUGAAAGAGAUUCAGGCGGUCAGUCCUCUGGCUCAGAUUCGCAAUGGUCGUUACAGAACGCCGACGUUUAUCAUCCAUGGAACCCUUGAUGAUCUCAUUCCAGUCGAACAGGCGCGACGGACGUCACGGGAACUGAAAUCCAAGGGCAUUGAGAUCCAACUUUGCGUUGUGGAUGGGGGAGUGCAUUUGUUCGACAUUGAGCCUGGCUUUGGGAAAAGAAAUCCAGCGGCUGCUCAAGCUGUCGAGAGCGGUUACGAGUUUCUGCGCAAUCAUGUUCGUUAUUGA